AUGGCCUCUUUCCGUGGCUUGCGCGAAGCAUGCAUCCGCACUGACGGUAACCAUCGACGCGAAUCUGGACAGCGGCUCAUUCAACGUGCUAUCUCAGGCUACUGGCUGUCAAUGGCUCGCAACGCUCUGUCUUGUCGGCUUUACGACGACGCAUCCCACUGGUCCUCAUACGCCGGCGGCCCGAAAGACUUUGUCACUCUGCGGGACCAAUUUCGAGAGAUUAUCAAAACAUCGGAAGAAGAGGUACAGCAGUCCAUUGCAGCUUUGUCCAGCCUGCAGACGCCACUGGACUCGGCGCUGGACGUACCUUUCCCGCCAGUCGGUUCAACAGAGCAUGUCGAUUCAGACACUCCUUUUCUUUUUACUGAUCUGGGUAUGGAAGUGGAAUGGGGCAAUAUUCCGGGCGAAAUGGACUUGGGCGACAGCAUCCAUACUACAAGUGCGGCGCGAACAAGCUAA